CACCGGCCACGCCGUGUCCCCGCACAACACGCUCCCCCAAAUCCUGCCGAUCGGGCGCCACCGCGCUCAAGCUCCUCCUGGUCGGUGCGGGAGGAGGAGGAGGAGGAGGAGGCGGCUGCUGAGCGGCGGCUGCCGGAGCCAACGGGCGGCGGGGAGCGGGGCGGGCGCUGCGGGGGUGUCGGGGUAGAGCGAGGCGUGACCCGGCUGACGGGCACCGUGCGGCGGGCGCGGAGCCGGACCCGGCGGGAUCAGCGGUACCAGCGGCGGCGCGGGGCGUCGGUAUCGCUCGGCUCUGGCUCUGGCACGGCGUCUCCUCCACCCCCUCGUGAGCCUGGGGAACCUGCAGCUCAAAGCCGCCGCCAGCCACACCACCAUGUACCCCGGCAACAAGCGGAAAAAGCUGUGGCGGGAGGAGAAAGAGCGUUUGCUGAAGAUGACCUUGGAAGAAAGACGCAAAGAGUACUUGGGGGAUUAUGUUGCAUUAAAAACUAUUCCAACGUGGAUGGAAGACUUAAAAAGUAAGAGUGAAAGUGAUGGUGAAAACGCUAAAGAAGAUCUGCAAGGGAAGAAGAGUCUGAGUGAGAAAGUUUCUCUCUAUAGAGGUGACAUUACGCUGCUUGAGGUUGAUGCCAUCGUUAAUGCUGCUAAUUCCAGCCUUCUUGGAGGUGGAGGAGUGGAUGGCUGCAUACACCGAGCUGCCGGGCCCUGCUUAGUUGCUGAGUGUCGCAACCUGAGUGGCUGUGAGACUGGACAGGCCAAAAUUACCUGUGGCUACGACCUACCUGCAAAAUAUGUGAUCCAUACUGUUGGGCCGAUUGCAAGGGGCCAUCUCACUGACACUCAUAAAGAAAACUUAGCAAGUUGCUAUAAGUCCUCUCUGAAACUGGCAAAAGAAAACAACAUCAAAUCAAUCGCCUUUCCCUGUAUUUCUACUGGAAUUUAUGGUUUUCCAAAUGAGCCUGCUGCUGUCAUUGCCCUUAGCACUAUUAAGGAAUGGUUAAGCAAGAAUCACAAUGAGGUGGAUCGUAUCAUCUUCUGCGUCUUUUUGGAGGUUGACUACAAAAUUUUCAAGAAGAAAAUGGGCGAGUUUUUCCCUCUAGGUGAUGCUAAUGAAGAAGGGCCUCAGUUGAGUGAAGAGAGAGAAGGCCAGCCUUCAUCUCCCACAAAGAGCAAAGAAGAGCAGCCUGAGGACCUGCAGGAUGAUGCUGAAGGUGGUAAUGGCACAGUGGAUAAGGAAAACACCGAUGAAAGUAAGACACAGAGCCAAGAAGCAGGUGAAACAGAACCUUCAGCUGUAGCCAGCCUAUCGUCAGAAGACAUUGAGCUGAGUGAGAAUAAAGAUUCCCUGAAAGACUCCAAAGGCACGCAGAAGGGUGAUUCAGUGCAUCCUGUGGUGUGUGAACAAGAUCAAGCCAAAGGACAACAGGAUGUUUCUGCAAAUGAGGAGAUAAAAACUGGGGCAGAUUCCCAGGGCUCCUGCAUGGAAAUAGAAGAUCCACUGUUGAACCAAGAAGACACAACAGAAGUUGAGAUUCCUUUGGUACUUGGUGCAGAGGAAAAGGAAGAAGGAAAAGAAGAAGCAGGGAUAAAAGAGCAAGAGGAAACUUCCAUGGAGCCUAUGAAAAUUGACCUUGCAAGUCAAGCAGCAGAUGUUUCAAAUAAGGAUGCUGAAAUGAAUAGUCAAGUUGAAAGUAUAAACGAUCCAAUGGAAACAGAGCAGAAAGCUUAAGUAACAGGAAGGAUGCAGGAGAGGAGAGACCCAAGGAAACCCUACGGGCAGGCGCUGACAUCCUACAGCAUCAUUCUUGGCCGAAAAGAGCACACAGAGAUGAUCAGCGGGUUGGGAGGGGGGGAGCUUUUGGGGGAAUGAGUCUUUGCUUUUAAUUUCUCUUUGUUCUUCAUUGCAUUUCAUUCUGUAAGUCUGUUGGAAAGAAUCGUAAUGUCACAAUGUUUUGCAAUUAACCCUGCAAAUUUACAACCCUGCAAUUUACAACAGUUUCUUCUGAAAUGUGAGUCCCUCUCUUAAUACUGGGUCUUUUUUCCUCCUGCAUCAUAUCAUCAGUAGCCUGUUUCCAGGCCCACCCCUUUUCUAGCAUCUUUAUCUUCUUUCCCAUGAUCAGCCUAUGCUGUACCAUGUCCUUACAUGUGACUAACACAUGUAGCCUCAAACAGCCAGCACCCUAAAUCCUGAUUUUUCCAGUUAGUUCUGCACAUCUCAAAACCAGUGCUGUAAGUAUGACCUUUGGGUACAUGUAGACAACAGACAUUUCCUCAAUGCUGGAAAGACUCUGCAUUAGAGGCAUCUUUAAAUACAGCUCCCAGCUUUAACAGCUUUACACAGUAGCUUUUGUGAGCCCUCAUUACAUUUUCCACUGCAUAUGCAUGGAUUUUUAUUUUUUUUUAAAAAGCAAUUAACAGUUAUUUGGAUAAGAAUGUCUCUCCAUAUGUCAAUUGUUCUGCCAGUAAAUGCUGCACUGAAAAUUUGUAGAAAAGGAACAAAAGGUUUUCAUGUACAUUUCCCAACUGUACUGUAACCAAAACUGAUGGAAAAUACACUGGAUGGAAGAGCAUGCAACCUUUGUCCCUAGUGGGAUGUGCUACAAACUGUAUUUUAAAGUGCUGCUAAGAAUUAUUUGGUAAUUUUAAGCAAAGUAAUUGAUUCUAAUUUGAUAAUUUUAAUAAAAAUAAUUGGUUCCUUACUCUUAUUUUCACCCAAAAUAUUCCUGAAUCACAGAAUAGGUAUUUCAUAUCGGGACAGGAAAAAAAAGUAAAAAAAAAAAAAAAAGGUAAGACAUAUCUCUAUCCUCCUGUGAUCUGGGUGCAUCCCAGCUAGAGCAGUUUCAAUGGUAAAUCCUGUGCUGGAGUAACAGCAAGUCAAGGUUGACCUGAGCGUACCUAACAUGGGCUAUGACAGGCAGUGGUUGUUGUUAAUUCAAAAGGGUGUCAAGGAAAAAUAAGGAUUAGAAAGGAAAACAGGAAAAGCAUCAGAUUACACGCAGAGAGUAUAGGUCCUAGAAAGUACAGCUCCCCGCCCACCUCCCCUCCUCCCCUUCUCUGUGGCACUCCAGCAGGUUUGCUUGAGGUGGGAUCAGAAGGGUAUUUCUGUGUGCUGCCUCCUGUGGUAUAUUCACCCAGGCGUGACUAGCACCAGAGGGGCUCUCAAGGAGCUUCUUCAUCACCUGGAGUGGAUGAACAACUCCAGAUCGGAUCAAUUGUAGGAGUAAAUGAGCUAAUGUUAGACUAUUAAUCAGUCUGAGAAUUUUGCUAAGAUUACCUGUAUUUGGUAACUACCAUUCCUUUGGCUCUUGUUCUCUCCAAAUACUCUUGAAGGGACUCCUUGCUCCCUUUUAGGUGCCUCUGAUGCUCUUCUUUCCCAAUCUUGGGGUCAUGCUUGACAGAACAUGUCUUUUGGGAUGUGGACUCUUCUGCAUGGUCCCUCAUGUUUCUGUGUAUUUCUCAUACUGUGUUACUAUGAUUGAAACAGGCUGUUGUAAUAGGUAGAUCAGGAGUGGAUAAAUACAUCAGGAGGUGGUAUAAAUGUGAUACCUUCAACAGACUAUCCAGUCCCUUGAAUAUAGUUCUGUACCUCUUCUGAUCGUGAUUCCCCAUGGCCAACAUUAACAUUAGUGGUCAUUCAGAAGGAGAUAAAGAUCCCUUAAAUGUCUUGUGAAGACUGGCAGUUAAAGAAAAAAAAAAUAGCUGCAAAGAUGCAUCAUAUUAGACACUCUCUAGCCCCUGUCAGUAAUUUUAUUUUGCUUUUUAUUUAACCUUGGUAGACAAUAGUGAGUCUUCGAAACAACCAUUUGCCCAGUGAUGUGUCGGCAAAGCAUGAAGUCCAGAAAGUGUAAAGCAAGGAAACCUAUGAGUAGAUUAAGUCCUUACUGUACUAUUUGCAGCCUUGUUUAUAUCUGUCUUCCUUUGGGUGGGUUUUGAUUUGAGUUGUUGGCAUUUUUCACUGCUCAUAAAGUGAGUAUACUUUGGCAGCAUGAGUUUUCAGCUGUGUUAAUAACAGUCGAUGCAGUCAGUCUCUGAUGUUCUUCUGGAGAUGCAGAAAGGUAAGGGGCUGGUUUUGUAGAAGAACAAAUGUUAGAUGGAGAAUCACCACACUGGUAUUUAUGUCAAGGAUUUUGAUUUAAACUCACAAUGUAUUCACAGUAGGUGGUGUAAAGGGAGUAGCAGCUUUUGGGUGCUGAUGUUUGCAUUCAAUGUAAGAGGCUGUGCUUGAUUGUUGUUUCUCCUGUGUCUGAAAGUGCUCAUCCCUACCAUUCCUCAGGCUGGUGACUGCUCCCAUGAUGACAUCCAAAGGUGAUACUGAGACAUAGUCUGUAAUAAUGGGUCACUGCAGCUAAUUGUCACUCUUUCUAUAAAGCACUGAGAAAGCCUCUCUUUGAAUUAACACUGUUCUGCUUUAGGACUUGAAUUAAAUUAUAUUUAAAAAAAGAAAAAGUUUUCUCUAUAUGCAGUGCAUGCCAGCUUUGCUUUUAAAAUUACAAAAUUUAACAGAGUAUGUGGAUCUAUUUUCUUGGGGAAUAGGGAUUUUUAUCAUAUUGUUCAUCCAGGAUUUGCCUUACCCUGACAUUUGUGAUAUAAGUUUUAAAAAAAUGUAAAAAUUGAAAAAGGUAAUUUUCUUGACCAAAAAAUAUGUUUUUACUUCAAUGCAAAGAAAUGUAGAAUGUUGCUUGCAAAAUGUCUUCUAAUAGAUGGUCUAGUAGUUAUAUGAGUUAAAAUAUGCCUUUCUUGUUACUUUGUCAUUUACAUGCUGAACCUGAGUCUCAUUACUUUCCUUGUAGCCUAAAGAACCAAUGCCUUCAUAACUACCUUGUUAAAGCAAAUAGUUAAUAAAGCUUGUCCUGAAGACAA